AAAACUAAUAAAUAAAAAAAAUAAUGAUAAUAUUUCAAUUAAAAAUCUUGGCUUAGGUUUUGAUAUUUCAUUCUAAUAUUUUUUUCUACUCCCUUGAAGUUGAUUGUAUACAAAAUAAAAAUAAAAUAAAGAAAUAUAAAAAAUUAAAAAUUAAUUAGUCAAACACAUUUAGGUAUAAAUAUUAUAAUUCAUAAAGUAUACAAAAUAUAUAGAAUAAAAUGGUCUGUCUUGAUUACUGCAUGGGUGUUUCCCUUUUAGGAGUCGUUUUCUUAUUUUAUUGGGGUAUCUUAACUGCUACUGGUUCAGAAUUAAUGUACUUACAACCUAAAAAUAAGGGUGAUGGCGCUAUUUCUCUGUUCUUUGCGGCAUUUGUUUAUGCUUUGAUAUUUGGCAUCUGCUACUACUUUAAAUAUUAUGCUAAAGAAGGAAACGAUGAUGUUUCAAGAUACAUCCAAAGAGCUCAAAUUAAAUAAGAAAAGCAAGAAGGAACUGAAUUAAAAAAUUUAAAUGAAUGAAAAAGUAGAAAAUAACUAGUAUUAUUAGAGAUUCAUUCAAAUAAGCAGCAUUAAAAAGGCUACUCAAAAAUAAAUAUUUUCUAUUAUAUAAUUUAUUCAUGUGAUUUAAGUUUAGUUAUAAUAUUUGUUUUUUUAACUUAAGUUUCUAACUAAUAACUAUUCUACC